GAUCAGUUGACUGCAUUGUUUCCACUGAGUAAACAGACGGGCUUCAUCUGAAGUAUGAAAGUUUUCUGCAUUGCAGUCUGGACGUUGCUUCUGCAAAUAGAAGGUUUACUUCUGCUGGCAAGCGGUCAUCCACUCCAUUCAGAUAAAAGUAAUGCAGGUCUGGUGAGAAAUUGUACUGCAAACCCACCAUACCUGCCUCCCACAGUGGUCAAUACAACAAAUCGUUUAAAUGCUCUCCGCAAUUUGAUGGAUGCACAAAACAUCAGUGUGUAUGUGAUUCCUGCGACUGACCCUCAUUUGAAUGAGUAUAUCGGCCCUCGGUAUGCAAGAAGAGCUUGGAUGACGGGAUUCACUGGAAGUGCAGGCACAGCAGUUGUUAGUAAGACAAAAGCUGUACUCUGGACAGAUGGACGUUAUUGGGUUCAAGCUGAACGUCAGAUGGACUGCAACUGGGAGCUCAACCGAGGGGAAACUUCAAUUUUAAAUUGGAUUCUGCAACAAACAUCAAAAGGAGAUAUAGUCGCUGCUGAUCCGUUUGUGUUUUCAGUUGUGCAAUGGAUGACUUACCGUGAGUCUUUGCUUCAAGGACAACGACAAUUUGUUUCCAAAGAAUCCAAUUUAGUGGAUAUGGUCUGGGGUGAAGAGCGUCCACCAAAAUCAACAGAGGAUCUCUUCGAAGUACCUGCAAAGUUUGUUGGAAGAACAUGGCAAGAAAAGGUGAAAGAAAUCCGUACGCAGAUGCAAAAUAAUGCUUACAAGCCAACAGCACUGUUAAUCUCUGCACUGGAUGAAACUGCAUGGAUGUUCAACCUGCGAGGGAACGAAAUUCCAUACAAUCCCUUUUUCGAAACUUACACCUUGUUGACUGCAGAUUGGAUCAGACUGUUUGUGAAUGAAUCACGACUGCCUGCACAUAUCAAAAAAGACCUGAAUACACAUUGUACAACAGCUGAGUGUGUUCAACUGAGGCCCUAUAAAGAUAUUCAACAAAAUGUGAAAAAAUAUGCUGAAGGGAACGUUAUCAUCUGGAUCGGUGAAGAGUACACAACCUAUGGUGUUUAUAAGGUCAUUCCAAAGUCAAAAUUACUUAUGGACAGAUACUCCCCAGUUCAAAUUACCAAGGCUGUUAAGGAUGAAACAGAGCAGAAGGGAAUGAAAGCAGCACAUGUGCGUGAUGCAGUUGCUGUCAUAUGUUACAUGCUAUGGCUGGAAAAAAACGUUCCAAAAGGAACAGAGACUGAACUCUCAGGUGCACACUACGUAGACAAGUUGCGCAGUAAGCAGAAUUACUCAAAAGGACCCAGCUUCGAGACGAUCUCAGCCAGCGGGUUGAAUGCAGCUCUUGCCCACUACAGUCCCAAUGAAGAAACCAAAAGGAAGCUGACACCAGAUGAGAUGUACUUGGUUGACUCUGGAGGACAAUACCUAGAUGGGACAACUGAUAUUACCCGUACAAUUCACUGGGGAAAGCCAACUAAUUUCCAGAAGGAAGCUUACACUCGGGUAUUGAUGGGACAGAUUGACCUGGCUCGAUCUAUCUUCCCUGCAAGAACAACUGGGGAUUCACUUGACGUAUGGGCUCGACAUGCACUGUGGGAAGCAGGUCUGAACUACAAGCAUGGAACUGGACACGGAAUUGGCAGCUUCCUCGGUGUUCAUGAAUGGCCAGUUGGCAUCGGGAGUGGUCAAACAUGGAAACUUGAGGAGGGAAUGUUUACAUCUAUUGAGCCUGGUUAUUAUGAAGAUAAUGAAUUUGGAAUUCGGAUUGAAGAUAUUGUCAUGGUGGUAAAGGCAGACACCAAGUACAUGUUUGGAGGAGAGCCUUACCUGACCUUUGAGCACGUGUCAUUUGUUCCUUAUGAAAGAAAACUGAUUGACCUGUCUAUCAUGAAUGAAAAUCAGAUUGAAUGGCUUAACAAGUACUACGACAAGAUUUGGAAGACAGUUUCUCCUGAACUAAAAGCACAAAACUUAAUAGAAGAAUAUAACUGGCUUCAGAAACACACACAGCCAUUUUCACACAGUGCUGUUGUGACAUCAUCAUUGCCUCUUCUAGUUGGAGUCCUGUUGGGGAACCAGAUGUUGUAGGAAAAUCUUCAAUAGCAAUGCUCAGAAUUCAUAGAUCAAAUUGAUUUUGCAGACCUCUGGGUCUUACGUUAAUAAAAAAAAGCACAUAAAUUAUUUUCGUUGCAGUGUCUUGGAAUCUUCGAAGUUCAGGUGUUGUUUUCACUUUAAGGCAAUGUUUGGACUUUGUACUAAUAUUCAAAUUCUUCAGAAAUGUAAAACAAUAAUAGUUCAUCCUGCUUCAGAAAAUGCUGUGCUUAUACCUUACUUCAUAGGAAAUGUCAUUAAUUUUUAAUGUAAAAUUCCCACUAAAAGAAUACUGCCCUUUUUGAGCUCCCUCACAACUAGACCUGCUCUGCUGAUGCAAUUAAACAGAUUCUUGAAACAGUUCCACUCAUUUAGAACCAGACUUUCAAUUUGAUCUGGAUGCUUUUUUAUAUAUGGAAAACAAAAUACAAACUGCUUCACUCAGGGCAUAGCGGUUCUCACCCCACGUUCUUUUGCUGGUGAAUGAGAACAAUCCCUGAAAGGAAAUAAAGUUGGCAGAAAUGUGGCUUAAAUGGAUCAAUUUUUAAAAAAUUGAACCAUGUGAACACUUGUCUUAGCUUUCUUAACUCAGAUGUCUCUGCUGCUGAGUGAAAGAACAAAGUUGCUUCGCUGUUCUUUCUGUGAAUUAUGAAUUUUAAGUCACUGUUGGAGCUCCAAGUGAGAGAACACCCAGAUCGCAAAUGAAAAAGGAUAGUGAUUUACAAAAAAAAACUGUAGUGUCUUUGCAAACACGAGGAAAUCUGCAGAUGCUGGAAUUUCAAGCAGCACAUAUAAAAGUUGCUGGUGAACGCAGCA